AUUACCAGUCAACAGUGCGCCCUUGAUAACAGACAGGCAGGUCGGUUAGCCUAGCUCCAAUUAUACCACCAGCAAUCCAUCCGAGGGACUUCUCUGGACUUUCACCGAAAGAUACCAGGAAAUCGCAACUCGACGUCAAGCUUGAGAAUCCAGCGGGGUAAAAAAUAAUGGCAUUUCUAAUCAAAAGUAUGGUGGGGAACCCACUGAAAGGAAUGGGAUUCGGUGGAGGAGAGGAAAAGGCUGAGGAGGAGACCCCCAAGGACCCUGCAGCGGCUGCCGGUAUGACUAGAGAAGAAUAUGAGGAGUACCAGAAACAACUAGUGGAGGAGAAAAUGGAAAGAGAUGCAGACUUCUUGCACAAGAAAGCGGAGAGGGCCACUCUGAGGGUUUGUCUGCGAGAAAAAUACAGACUUCCCAAAAGCGAGCAGGACGAUAACAUGAUCCAGAUGGCUGGAGAUGACGUGGACGUUCCCGAGGAGCUGCUGAAGAUGGUGGAUGAGGAUGCCACGGAGGAGGAGGAGAAGGACUCCAUCCUGGGGCAGAUGCAGAACUUACAGAACAUGGACAUGGAUCAGAUAAAAGAGAAAGCCAGUGCUACGCUGACGGAGAUGAAGUCCAAGGCCGAGGAGAAGUGUUCCGUCAUGUAGAGGUUUAGCAAAUUCACACCUGAAUGCAAACCAGGUCGGGUUUUUGAAACGGUUUGGAUACAAAAACCAGGUCGGGUUUUUGAAAUACAGUACUUUUUUGACAUGUCUUUAAAUUAAAUUGAAUUUGAAGGCAUGCCAGAGGAAGUUCUACAAGAAAAAAAAAAAGCUGCAAGAUUCUGGCUCUAGAUCAGCUUUUCAGCUUCUCUUGCUUGGCUCCCAAUUUCUCCGUAGGACUUUUUCUAUCGUAUUUGUUGUUUGAAUGAACGAUGUUGUAGUCUAUUUCCUCCUCUUCGUUUUUUUUUUUGUUGUCGCAAUAUUACCUGUAAAUAUAUCUAACAAACAUCUAACUUGAACCUGAGGCGGAGAAGCUAUGUUUAAAUCCCCCUCCUGCUUUUUUGCACAAGGGAUGAGAUGAAUGUUAUUCUGUUAUUUCUUGUUCAUCGGCACGUAUGAUGUUGUAAUGCUCGUUAGGAUUCUUUAUGUAUUAAGUUUUUAUGUGAGGUAAAUAGGCAUGAAUCGGAUUGUAAACAGAUUAAACGCACGAAUA